ACUUCCCUUCUGACGUUAACUCUGCCUUCCUUUUUUUCACUACAACGACUUUCCGGAUGUCACUGCCAACUGAUCUCCAACUUUGCUAUUUAGUCGCUCUUUCGUAAAGAAACUAAACACGUACUACCACUACGACCAUCACCACCACUACAACAACAACCACUACUACUACUACUACUGCUAUUAAUCUACAUUACUGUCUGAGUGGAUCGAACCCAUGUGGCCUUUUGUCCUUGUCUAUUAACGUCUAAAUAUGAACAUCAUUUUGGGAAAUCGUUGAGCUUUAUACAUAUAAUUUCUCACCCUCGAAAGCCCAACACACGAGUUGCUCACUGACACCAUGUCAGCUCCACCACCACCACCACCUCCACCGCCAUGUGCGCCCCCUUCUAUGAAGAUGGGUGCCAAAAAACAAGCCAGUAAUACUUCCAAGCCUGUGGAUAGAAAUGCUUUGCUUGGAGAGAUUCAUAAAGGUGCUAGACUCCGAAAAGCAGUUACCAAUGACCGUAGUGCACCAUCAGUUGGUGGAAAUAAAAAGGCUUCACCGGCUUCAAAAUACAAUACAAUAGGUGUACAUACACAUCGACAACCACAACAUCAAGUGAAAGAUAACGCAUUAUGGAGAAGAGGAAGCCAAGAUGACUGUUCAGCUAUAUUAAUUCAAAGGAAAAAAAUCCUAGAGAAAAAACAAAAAAAUGUGAUAUCCAAUCACAAAGUAAACCCAAUCACUAAUAAUGCUAAGUCAAGUUAUUCACUUACAGCCGCUGCCAAGAACACGGGUCUCCAAAAUAAUUUGCCUGUUUUCUCAAAAACUCUUCCAGCUAAUAUUUCUCAUAGCAAUGAUCUUAGUCAUGGUCUUAGCUACAAUCAGACUAACAGUGAUUCUGUAAACAAUAAUGAAUUUAACAAACCAACAGACUGGUAUAUAAAACGGGGCCUUAAUGAGUCUAACACCCGUUGGAUUUCAAAUCUGAAGAAAAAGGUUCGUCGGCUAUCGGCGUUUUCCUUUCCUGUGAUGACAUCUUCCAAGUCCAGCUUUGAAAUCACACCAAAUAUGCAAUAUUCUUCUCAAACAUCUUCAGUGCCUCAACAUUCUCCUAACCAAUAUGUAGCCCACUUAAAAACAACAAAAGCAGAUACAUCACCAUCAUCGUCCCAUUAUGCAUCACCAGUGUCUCAUCAGAAUAAGAGCUCUGUUAUUAUUAACAAACCUGAAAAGACUCAGCAGAUGGAAUCAGAAAUUAUCACUACUCCAUCUUCUAGAACUAAUCAAGAUAUCUCUAAUGACAUAAGUAGUCCUAGCCUUACUAGCUCUGAUAAUUAUCUGUCUCCCUAUCAGUAUUCUAAACCAUAUUCUUCUCAGAGUGUUGAGAAUAAUAUCAAUGUUCCCUCAGCAGUACCAGCACCACCAUUGAUUGAACAGAUCCAAGCCAAUUUGAAAAAGCUAAAACAUAGUUCUCCUAAAAUGGCCAAAGCUAGGACAAGCAGUGGAAAUAAAUCCAACUUGAAAAUUAUUCAAGGUUCUCCUUACCAUACGUCAUCGAAAGCUGCCAAAACACUAGAACAGCAGCUUCAUUGUCUGCGCAAGACCUCAAUCAACCGUAAGACUACAUCUUUCGAACCUUCGGCACCAGUCUCAGAAUGGAAACAGAAGUUGAAAAUGGAUGCUCCCAGUUUCCAUAGAUUUUCUGCUUCCCGUUUGAAUAUUCGCCAACCUGGAACUCCCCGGCAUCGUUCUGCAGCUAUGUCUCAUUUUAGACCUGUAGCUUCAACAAACACUCCGAACUCUUACAAUUUGACUAAACCUUCUUCAAAUAUUGUUGCAACUAACUCCACUAAUGUUUUAACUGUUGCUGCUAAAUUUUCUAACUUCGACCAACAGCAAGUAUAUCCAAAAGAGACUAAGAAAGAAUGUAUCAUCUACGAAAAACCUCAACUGUCCUCCCAAAAGUAUAAAAGUCCAGUAACUAGUAUUUAUGAAUCUGCAGCAGUUUUUGAACAACCCAAAAAUUCAGCAUACAAACUACCUAAACAGUUUUCACAACAAUCUACAGUAUCACAAACAACUUCUGAGGAAAAACCGGCAGAAUUUCUGGAAGUUACUCUGAAAUCGACAAAGUUUUCAACUUUAUUUUAUGGUGCUAAAAAAGAUCCCAAGAAGGAUUUCACACCAUUCGGAAAUUACAACCGAUCACCUUACGGGAACCCGUCUUUAUUUAAGAGUAAUAAUAAUCUAAACCCGUAUGCAAGAUCCGUUUCCUACCACGGGCCACUUUCAGAAGCUUCCUACUCAAAGUCUUCACAAAGCUCAGGCAGUUAUUUCCAACCAAUUGGUUCAUUCUUCCAGCCUUCGUUUAUGUCCCAUUCUGAGAGAGGAUAUUCAGAAAAUACCUAUCAAAUGUCAGCUUCGGCACCAUCACUGGUUCAAAAUCGUAUCAAAUGGGCACGGAACAUGUCUUCAUAUGAUGCUAAUCAAAGUACAGAUACAAAAGAUGAUACAGUCCGAUCUUUGGUCAAAGACCGUAUCAACUCUUGGGGAGGACAUUAUAAAGAUGAGGGUAAGAAAUCAAAUGACAGCUCACCACGAGGUGGCGGAGGUUUUCCUCCAAACAAAAUUGGAGGCAUGGCUGGCGAGUUAUUCCCUGGAGGAAUACCAAAAUUUGCAAACAAAGGUCAAAAACAGAGAAUACCAGCAGGUAAUUCAUCUCCAAAACCGGUGCGCUUACCAAAUGGACCUACCAAUCCGACUGAUUUCAGAUCCCAACUCAAUAAAAAUGUAUCAAACGGUGGCUCGGUGAUCAAUGAUAACAAGACUUUGCCACAACGGAACGUACCUGCAACUCGUAAAUUUCAGCCUCCAACUCCUCAUCCUGUAAACACUAGCAAUGACAUCAACAGCAACAUCACCAACAAUAACCACUCUGUUAAUGUUAAUACAACCCCCAGCCCAUCGCAACACACUGCUGGUGGCAUUGCAAUGAACGUUGGCGGAGGACGUCGGAUGCCAGGAUCACAUCCGCCUCCACCUCCCCCACCACCUCCAGGUCGUCCUCCCUCUCUGCCCAACAACCGAACACCAAAUAAAAACCGGCCAUCCAGCAUGAUUGGAAGGCCUUUACCUCCACCUCCAACAUUAUCUUCCUCCUCCUCCUCGUCCUCUUCAAGCUCUUCCUUAAACCGAGCCCAGCCUCCACCACCACCACCACCACCCACACGAGGUCCACCACUCCCUCCUGAAAGGGUAGCCAGUAGCAGUGGGACACUACCAAGGUCAAAACCUCCAGCUCAGAGGCCUCCUCCUCCACCUCCUACAAGACCACCUGCAGGCCCUUCCCGGGUAAUGAUCCAAAGUCAAGAAGGCCCAAGUCCUCCACAGCGAACAUCAAGUAAUCUUAGUUCGAGCAGCAACAUGAGCAUGGAUAUUACAAAACGUGGCCAUUUCCAUGAUGUAUAUGAAUUUCCACCUCCUGAGCCUUUUAGUGGGUGUGCAAAGACAUACCCUAGUCGUAAUUCAAGAAAUGCUGCUGGAAAUCGCCGGGCUCCGCCACCUCCUCCUCCCCCUCCAAUUUCUGCGGUGCGAUGAAUACUGCCAUGGCCUCUUUUACAACAUGCAAUAUCUCAGCUCCAAAGCAUCUCCAUUCUGCUCCAGUUUCUCCAUUCUCUUCCUUGUGAUAUCACAGACGGACGAAUGAAUGGACGGAUGGAUGGACGGUGCUACUGCUGAGGAUUCCAAGACUCCAGCAUCAAUCUACUUUAUACUGUUGAUAGCAUAUGUUGGAUUUUUGUUUGAGAAAAUUCUACAUACGAGGUUCUAUGUGUAUGUAUAUGUGUGUGUGUGUGUGUGUGUGUAUGUAUGUGCAUGUGUAUGUUUGCGCGUUUCUAUGCAUGUCUCCGCCACCCUUUCUUACUUCCUAGUUUACGCCUCAAACCAUUUCUUUUAUUCUUUUUGUUACCUUCCCCUUCCCUAUUCCCUUCUUUUUAAUUUUCCAUUCGUAAUUUCUAACCAUGUUCUUCUAAUGGAAAUUUGCUACGGUGUAAUGGGUUUCAUCCUACAUGACAGAACAUAAGCUGGUAUUCUACUUUAUCUAUCUAUCUGCAUACAUUUAUAAAAAUGGAAUAGAUUUCUAUAACAAACCUCGACUUCAAAAAAUAGUGCCACCAGAUGAUUGUUCUGGAAAUGUGUAUUUUUUUUUCUUUUCAUAUGGAGUAAAUAGCAUUUAAUAAUUUCUGACAAAAAAUAGUAUAAAGAAUACUUACUAAUUGUACAAAAAAAAUGAUAUAAAUGAAUUGUGUUGCAAGGAAUAUAUGAGUGUGUGUGUAUAUAUAUAUAUGUAUAUACAGAGAGAUAAACACACUUACAUACAUCUAUCUACACACACAUGCACAGAGGAACAUAAGCUCUUUUUCCCCCACAUAAGUAGUAAUACAAAGAAAUGAAAUUGAAAGUGCACUUGGUGUCUUUUAUAAUAUUUAUUUACAUUAGUUUAACCAUUAUCACAUUUUCAUGGUUUUCAAAAGUGACUUUUGAAAAUUUUGAAAUGGUUAUGUAAAUAAAUCUUUUAAAAAAUUCCUAGUACAAUUUCUAUUUUCUUUCUUUACACAUGUACAAACUCUAGAGGGUAGUUACUCUUUUUCUCUUUGAACUUACAUAAUGGAACUGGAAUCCAAUUCCAUUUAUAUCUUCUUCCCUUUUGAGAAGAAAUUUAUAUGUUGAUUAUUUUUAUCAUCUUUGUUUCAUUGUCGAUAGUAAUAUUAUACUGUCUUUUGUGAACACAGACAUGAAAUGACUAGGUGUAUAAGAUAUUAAAGACUGCCAACUCAUGGGUUGUGAGUUCAAAAAUACUGCAGAGAGUUUUGCAUGUCUCUGGGUAAACAGGACACUUAAUUCUACAUCCCACUGGACUCUUACAUCACCACAUUAUUAGGAAGAAGUACAAAAACUCAUUAGGAAAACUAAUUAUCAUAGAAUGCAGUCUAGUACUCUAUCCAAAAAGAGUAUUUUUUUUUUCCUCAUUUACUUGCUUAAACUUGCUAAGCACCAUUUCUGAGUGAUGCCUUGUGGUUCUUGAAAGACAUUACCUUCAGGUUUCCAUUAAUUAUUCAAACACAUGCUCUCAAGUACAGUUAUUUUUACAUUUUUAACACGUAUCAGCCUUUAUAUAUUCAUUUUGUUGUAACCCUAGCUCUACUCAGGUGUUCAGCACCAAAUAGUGAUGUAAUACAACUUCUAAAGAUUUCCUUUA